UGAGAAUAUAAUCGAUAACACGUCUUUAACACAUUGUGAUUCAAAUGAGAUUGAUAACUUUCUUUAUUGCGUUUUCGCUAGUUGUUUUAUGUUCAGCAUUAUCAUUUAUACCUGAUACUAUCUUUUCUUCAUCAGAUAAAACAGCAUAUAAAAAUUUAUAUAUAAAAACUAUUGGCAAUGCUAAAGAUUUAUCGCAAUAUGUUUAUCCAAUAAUUGCAUUAGAGGAUAUUGGAUUCGAAAACGAUAUCCCUAAAAUAACUUGUCAAAGAUUACUAGAUCUUGAAAAGAAUGAACUUAAUGCACAAGAAUUAUAUUUCAUUAGUAUGCUUAUAGAUAAAGUACCUGGGUGUAAGUUGAUUAUACCUGCUGACUCAGAAGAUGUUUUAAAAAAUAAGGUUACUGAACAAAAAUCAAUUAUGAAACUAUAUCAAAUAUAUAAAACUAUGAUAGAAUAUGGACAUUUUGUUAUUUCUGACAAAUUUUACAAUCAAAUGCUUGAAAUUUUAACAAAUGAUCCUUCUAUCAAUAACAUUGCUUUCUUUUUGAAAUUUGUUUUGCUUAAUCCUAAGCAUAGAGACUCAAAAGUGAUAGAAGCUCAGAUAAAAAAUGUUAUGCUUCAGGCUGAAGAAAUAGACAAUAAGUUUUUACAAUUUAAUGGUGGUGUUGCAAUAACUGGUUUAUUAAUGGAUACAAUAUAUAAACUUUCCAAACAAAUGCCUAUUGAGAACCAAUUAAAUGAAGAGAGAGUACUAAAAAGUGUCAAUUAUCUCUUGGAUAAAAAAAACCAAACAGAUUCAAAAAAUGCAUAUUAUAUAUAUCAAGCUCUCAAAUCUAUUUCAAAUCAUAAAAUGCAUUCACCAGUAGUAAUCUCAUUUCAUGUGCCUGCUUCCACCAUCACCAAUAAGCAUCCCAACCUCAUCAUAUCUAUAUCAGAUAUUUUUGGGCAUACAAUAUCUAAGGAUAAAGAACUUAGUAUUACAGCUACACUAACCAACCAAUUGGAGCCUCAAAAUAAAGAUAUGAUUAAAACAAUUACAAACUUUAAAUCAUUUUCGAAAACAACUCCUCAAGAUGACAAGAAUAAAAACGUCUGGUAUCAAGCCAACAUAAAAGACAUAAAAUUACCUAUUGGUGCUUCAUACGAAAUACUUCUCGAUAUUCAACAACCAGCUUCCACCAAUGUAGAAGUCAAGGAUCCAGUUAAAACUAAAACAUAUUUUGGUCUUAAAGGCGCCACAACUGUCAUUAAUUUGGCCAGAGAAAUUGCGCUUAAUGAUGUUGUACUUCAAAUUACGGAUAAAGAGCAUGGAACGAAUACCCAAAAAAUAAGUUUACCAACCGCUACCCUGCAGAAACAUGCCGAUCUCUUAAAAUUGUUUCCCCAUAAUAAAAUGUCACUCACUUUUUCCAUCAAAGACGAUAACGAUGAGAAUGUUUUCGUUCAGCAAGUAUUUGUUAGGUUUACAAGCAGGGCUUCUCAUAAAAAGGAGGUAAUUUUUGUGGCGGAACCCAAAGCGAAUACCAAAAUUUACGAGUUUGAUUUGAUUUUAGACAACAAGCGGGCCAAAGAAUUUGAUCAUUUAUCUGGUGAAUAUGAAGUGGAAUUAUUUGUUGGAGACAGGUUCAUUUCCAACCCCAUAAAAUGGACUUUUACUGAUUGUCAGCUUAAUUUUCCUUCAGUAACUGGCGAUGUCUCUCCUACAGAAGCGAAGGUUAAGGAAGCCGAAAGUCGUUUUGCAGAAAAAGCCGAGAUUAAGCACGUGUUCAAAGUUCCAGAAAAAAGGCCUCCCAUGGUUGUUAGUCUUAUGUUUUGUGCCCUAGUCAUAAUGCCUGCAUUGUAUAUGAUUAUAAUGUGGUUGAAAAUAGGUUUCAAUUUCGAAAGAUUCACCUUUUCAAUAUGGGCUAUCAUCUUUCAUCUUUCUUUAGCAGCUGUAUUCGGUUUGUAUGUUAUGUUUUGGCUUAAACUCAACAUGUUCCAAACCUUGAAAUAUAUGACCUUGCUGGGUCCCAUCUUAUUUUUCUCUGGAAACAGAUUGCUUAGAAGUUUAGCUACUCAGAGAAAAAAGGGAAUGUGAUAUACCAAUAAACAUGGAUUGUAGACAAUUAUAAAUGCGGUUUUACAAAUAUAUAAAAAUAAUUUUAUUGCCAUCUGGCGGCACUAAAUAAUUAAUCAAAUAUUCCAACAGUUAAAGAUGUGAUUUUUGCAUUCAUAUUGCGUCUUAAUAGGGUGAUAUUAUACAUAAUAAAUAUAUAUCUCUAAUUAUAAUCUUGCGACCAUGUAUAUCGCGAUGAAAUUUUUAUCUAUCUUUAAAAAGUAUAUGCUAAAAUAGG